AUGCCCAUCCCGCCCCUAUCCCCACCCCCAUCCUCCCCGUCAACCAUAAAAACCCGCCUCCUCAUCAUCUCAGACACGCACAGCUCCGUCCCCCCAGCAGAAGACCUCGCCAUCACCCCCGAAGACGGCCUCGCAAACCCCAGAGCCCUCGCCCAGUCCCCCUCGGGCUUCCGGCUCCCCCUCCCCGAAGCAGACGUGGUGCUUCACUGCGGCGACCUCACCAAGCGUGGCCGGCCGGAGGAGCUCACAAGGACAUUCUCCAUGCUGCGCGGUCUGAGCGCGCCGCUCAAGCUCGUCAUUGCCGGGAACCACGACUUGGCCCUCGACGAAAGGCUCGGCGAAAGGACUUACUACGACCCCUACAGCGACCUCCAGGCCGCCCACAAAGACGCACUGCGAAUCGCCAAGGAAGCCGAACAGGACGGCGUCCGGUAUCUCACCGAAGGGACCUACACGUUCGACCUCGCCAACGGCUCGACGCUGCGCCUCUUCGCCAGCCCCCGGGCCCCCCGGUACGGCACGUGGGCGUUUCAGUACGAUGGCAUGGGAACGCACAGCUUCGACAUCCCGGAAGGCGUCGACGUCGCCAUGACGCACGGCCCGCCCUGGGGCGUUCUCGAUAGCACGUGGAGCAACGAGAACGCCGGCUGCCCCGACCUCUUUCGGUCGAUAUACCGUGCGAGGCCUAGAAUCCAUUGCUUUGGCCACAUUCACGAAGCUUGGGGCGCUCAACUGUUGCGGUGGAAGCACAAUGUCGAUGUGCCUGAUGAAGAUGGUAUGAGCAAAGACCGAGGCUGCUACCUCGAUGUGACGGAAGGAGAGAACAUGGUCAGGCAUGGCGAGCAAACGCUCUUCGUCAAUGCUUCGAUCAUGAGCGUACGCUAUCGCCCAUCACAAAUGCCCUGGGUGGUGGACAUUGACCUGCCGCGGACAACAGACUUCACAUCGGGAGAACAAAUGAUAGAAUGA